UCGCGAGAGUUGCUUUUGCGCGCGAACUCUAAGUGCGGGGGUCCCAGGGUUAGAUCCGUGCAGACAGACCCCCAGGAGACUUGACCACACAGCGGAUCUGGACACCUUCGUCACGCCGUCAUGGAAACCUCAGCGCACAAGCAGCAGCAGCAGCAACAGCCCUCGGCGUCCAAGAUCAGGAACCUGCCCUGGGUUGAAAAAUACCGGCCACAGACACUGAAUGAUCUCAUUUCUCAUCAGGACAUUUUGAGUACCAUUCAAAAAUUUAUCAGUGAAGAUCGAUUGCCACACCUGCUUCUCUAUGGUCCUCCAGGGACAGGAAAGACAUCCACUAUUCUAGCCUGUGCGAAACAGCUGUACAAAGACAAAGAAUUCGGCUCCAUGGUCUUGGAGCUGAAUGCUUCAGACGACCGAGGAAUAGAUAUUGUUCGGGGACCAAUCCUGAGCUUUGCUAGCACAAGGACAAUAUUUAAGAAAGGCUUUAAACUAGUGAUCCUGGAUGAAGCCGAUGCCAUGACGCAAGAUGCCCAGAACGCCUUGAGGAGAGUGAUUGAGAAAUUUACUGAAAAUACCAGAUUUUGCCUCAUCUGUAACUACCUGUCAAAGAUUAUCCCCGCCUUGCAGUCCCGCUGUACAAGGUUCCGAUUCGGCCCCCUGACUCCUGAACUCAUGGUUCCACGCCUGGAACAUGUUGUAGAAGAAGAGAAAGUUGAUAUAAGUGAAGAUGGGAUGAAAGCACUUGUGACUCUUUCCAGUGGAGAUAUGCGACGGGCUCUGAACAUUUUGCAGAGCACCAAUAUGGCCUUUGGGAAAGUGACAGAGGAGACGGUCUAUACCUGCACAGGGCACCCGCUCAAGUCAGACAUCGCCAACAUUCUCGACUGGAUGUUGAAUCAAGACUUCACCACAGCCUACAGAAAUAUUAUGGAGUUGAAAACUCUGAAGGGGUUGGCAUUACAUGAUAUCCUGACAGAAAUACACUUGUUUGUGCACAGAGUCGACUUUCCAUCUUCAGUUCGAAUACAUUUAUUGACCAAAAUGGCAGAAAUUGAGUACAGAAUUUCUGUUGGCACCAAUGAGAAGAUUCAGCUGAGUUCCCUCAUUGCAGCUUUUCAAGUCACCAGAGACUUGAUUGUCACAGAGGCCUAGAUGCUGACAGAGGACCAUUUGCUGCAAUUCUGAGGCCCAGCAGCGACUAGAGAACAGGGGACUUGGUUAUGGGGUGAACUGCUACCUGCGGUCAGGGGAUGAAGCCACAAUCACCUCAAGUCCUGGAAAAUUCAUGUUCCAGGCAUGGGCGAGCAGAUGUAUAAAAAGAAACUUGUUUGUGGCUGUCUGGAGCAGAGAUGUACAAAACAAUUUUAAAGUACAGCUGUCUUAUGCACUGCUCACUUGUGUUUUAUAAGGAGGCAAACACCUUUAUUCCAACCUUCAGGCUUUUACCUUUUAGUUAUUUGGAUGACAGGAAGUUGGCCUACCUCAUUUCAUUUUGGGCACUAAAGCUUUCAAAUUUAUACGGUCCAUGUCUUUCAACUCAAGAUAAACAGAACCUCUCUAAAAUCAAGUAUAAUCUGUGAUGUUGUCUGUG